GCGAGUAAACUUCAGAGGUAAACCGUUCUCUUCUUUACUUUGUGACAUUAUAUUUCUUUAUGUGGCUAUAAACGGUACAUUUGGAUAUCCUAUGGAAGAUCCAAGUGUUUUGGACACAUUCAAACUUUUUGGCCAAUCCAAUAUGAAUGAUUCAUUUUUUAAUGUGGGCUUCAAUAUGUCAGAAGAUGUUUUGCCUGUUACCAACAGCUCGACUCGUGUCUUAAGCCUCGACUAUCGCUCUCUCAUCAUUUCAGCCACAAUGUUUGGCGUCGGAGUCCUCGGAAACCUCGUGGCCAUCGUGGUGCUUUGCAUCUCCAAAAAGGAGCAGAAGGAGACCACCUUUUACACUCUGGUAUGCGGGAUGGCCAUCACAGAUCUGCUUGGCACCUGUUUCACAAGUCCAGUGGUCAUCGCCACAUAUAUAGCGGGUAGGUGGCCAGGAGGAGUGCUCUUAUGCAAUUUCUUUUCCUUCUCCAUGUUGUUCUUUGGUUCGGCCGGGAUGUCUAUUUUGUGCGCCAUGUCAGUGGAAAGAUAUCUCGCUAUAAACCACGCGUACUUUUACUCGCAACAUGUGGAUCGGACUAUGGCUCGGUUUGCGUUGAUGGCGACAUAUCUGGCGAAUAUCGUGUUGUGCAUCAUGCCUAGUUUUGGUUUUGGAAAGCACAAGAGACAUUUUCCCGGAACUUGGUGCUUCUUGGACUGGCGCGCCAUGGACUCUGUAGGUGCAUCGUAUACCUUUCUGUAUGGAUGUUUCAUGCUGAUUUUAAUCGCAGUUACCGUCCUUUGUAAUUUUGCCGUGUGUCGAUCACUAGUUGGCAUGAGUAAGAUGACUCGGAUGGUGAGAGCAGAUGUGCCUGGACAUAUAGGGUCCAGACGCAGAUUUCCAAAAUUAACAUCGGUGACAUCUGCAGCAGAGAUUCAGAUGUUCUGGUUGUUAAUUUUAAUGACCAUCGUGUUUCUCAUAUGCUCUAUUCCUUUAGUGGUGCGCAUCUUCGUAAACCAACUGUAUGAUCCAUCCAUGAUAUCAUCAGGUGGAAAGCCAGACUAUCGCAGUGAUCUCCUCGCAAUUCGUUUUGCAUCCUUCAACCCCAUCCUGGAUCCCUGGGUUUAUAUUCUUUGUAGGAAAAACUUAUUGACCAAGGGUUGUGCGGGUCUCAAACGCAUUAUCGGAUUGAGGAAAGAUGAUCACAGUCGUGUUUUGGGUUGGAUAGAUAGUCGGCACUCGCCUCCAUCGUUUGCGCAAAGCAAUUGCACAAGUUACGCGUCGUUGCCCACGGCCAUCUGUACAAACGAAACUAGGAAGCAAAUCGGCAUAAAUAGUAAAUCCUAUGUGGAUUUAAACCUUCGUCAGGCAUGGGACUUUGAUACAGCCUUGGCUGACUUUCAUCCCUUCGGGGUCGAGCACAACGGCGUCCUGGGUUUUGAUGAAGAUGGAGCAUCAAGUACCAAACUGGACCUCGUCGCUGUUGGACACGCCGCCGAGGCUCUACCAGCAGCUCAAAUAUUAGAGAAUGAAGUUGAAAUAGUCACCUGCACUUUCAGUACACCAAGUUCAUGUAAAUCAGAGAGGGGAGUCAGACAAUGAUCUAAAGAUUUUAAUGUUUAUGAGCACUGAAAAAAGACACUAUUGCUGUGACACUAAUUUGCCUUCAGAAAUAAUUCUGUGAAUUAGUCUGUCUUAAUUGUUUCUAAACACAUUAUACAUGUUAGAAAUGCAUUGCUGAAACAGUAACAAAGACUGUGAACUACUGAAUUGUGGAGUUUUUCUACAGUUUUUUCCUGUGUUCAGGAUUAUCUGGGCGGUGCUAAAAUGGUUGCUCAAUGACGCACUGGAGCCACCGAACAUGGCCCCGCCCCUAAUUCAGGUUGUAGCUGUGUUUAAACGCCCGACAGCGGACACGCCCUCAGCGGAUGACAGAAGCGAAUCCUGCCUAUUUUUCCAAGAUUUUGAUAAUUUAUUUAUGGCUGGAUGGUUAAUAUCACAUUUUUCUUUGGGGUCAAAAACUGAGAGCACAUUUAAUAUCGGACUUUACACAGACUUUAAUAUUGACCUGAAAUGAUGCAAAGAUGCCACUUGCAUGUGUGUGUUCUGUGAGAGGAGGAUAUAGGAGAUUUUUUAAAGA